UUACGGCUGUCAAUUUUUUUUAAAUGGGAAAAGAGAUCAGUGCCCCUAACUAGUCAGGUAUUGCAUGUUUUUAAAGGUCUUAUGGCACUGUUGAAAAUUGCUGCACUAUAGAUUUCAGACAAUUGCAACAUUGAAAGAACAGGACUAGUGUGGACUUGAAGGUAGCUCAGCACCCUAAGGCCUCGUAGAAAAGAGAGCUGAUUGUGAGCCAUCCUAGAAGCUAAGGGCCUUUGCCAUUGGACACAGGGCAUGUCAAUCCUCGCUUCCCAGCCAAUGAGCUUGGAGCUUGUAAGGCGCAGGCCCGGCCCUUUGUUGACGCUCGUGGCCCCACCCCCCGUGGUGUGGCGAAGCCUUGGUGGGUGGGUUGGCCGUCCACACCUGCCCAUCAGAGGCCGUUUGCCAGUGGACAGCCAGUUCCUCCUCCGCCCCGCCCCUUCCGGCGGGCCCUGUCAACGGCCUCCGCUCCCGGGCGCCAUCUUGGCCGUCGACGCCACAGCCCGCUCGCUGCCUGAGGAGGUACUGUCCGCUGCUAUGUCCGACAGUGACGAUGGGAACCCGGCCCCAGGGGGCCGGGAGAGUCCCGUGCGAAUGGCGGGGGCCUGGAUAGGGGCAGAUGGAGAUCAGGAUGCCCUGAUCUUCAACUCCAUGCCCCAGGGGGGCGGGGGGGACGCAGCCGCCGCCAUGGUGGCAGCAGAAAUCUCAGCGGCCAUAGAGAGCCUGAGGGAGGAGGCCGGGGCAGUGGGAGACCCCGAGGGAAGUACCAGUGAAGAGGAUUCUGACAUUGGCCCAGCUGAGGAGGAGGAGGAGGAGGAGGAGGAGGAGGAAGAGGAGGAAGAGGAGGAAGAGGAGGAGGAGAUCGUGGUGCGACCCCACAACAUACUGCUGGACCCCAACGUGUUACCCUUGGCGGGCUUCCACAUCAUGUUCCUGGACCUGGUGCGCAGAAUGCUGCGCCGUCUGUACAACAACGACCACAUCCUCCUGCGUCCCAACGCCUUUCGCAGUGUCAUUCUGCCCAGACAUCACCUGCCAGGUCAGGCGGCCCAGGUCCGCGUGCUCUCGGAGCCAGAUGCCUCUGGAGAGGGGGCUGCAGCUGUGCUGCCCGAGGGCCUUGGCGACAGAGCCGUAGGCUCUGGAGAGGGGUUCCUGACCCCAGAGCCCGAGGCCAAGGUGGAGGAGGAGUCUACGGCUGGGGAAAUGGUGGAGGAGGUGGAGGAGCCCACGCAGGAGGCCGAAGCCCCCCAGGAAACAACUGAAGAAGGGGCCGAGGGUGCUGAAAGUAAGGAAGACAGCGAGGAGUUGAACCAAAAACAGGAAGGACCUGAAAUGGUUGUGGAUCCAGCAGAGAGCAGAGCCAGCAAAUCCAGUUUGGAGAACUAGAAAGAAGAUAAAGAAGAAAGAAUUUCUUGUUCACUCUUCUUAGGUUUUUCAUUUUCAUAAAUCCAUGUUAAUUGUAUUAAACACUCAUAUCAUUUCAAACUUCAUCACCCAAAAAGUGCUAUCCAAUGACAUCUUUUAUUUCUUAUAGCUAUAUUUGACAGCAUUUGUUUUAAUUAAAAAUAAGUUUGUUUCAAUUAAUAAAUUGAAAUGCAGGCAGAGUUUAGUUAGAUAAAUAAUCCCAACUCAUAUCUCUUACCUCUUUGUUUUGAAAGGUAUCACUUUCCACCAUUUUGUACGCCUGCUUUAAAUUAUUUUAUGGCAGUCCAAAAUAAAUUAAAAUGUCGAGUUGGAAACAAUUUUUGAUGUCAAGCCUUUAGAGCUGCUCUGUCUGAUUUGAGAUGUGCUUAACUAUAAAAGGUGUCACCGCUCUCACUAAUAAACUAUUUACUGAUUACCUGUUUAAA